AUGAAAAAGAAACACAAGAAAGACAAAAAGGAAAAACAUAGCGAUAAGAAGACCAAGAAAAAGGACAAAAAGAACAAAGAAAAUGGAUAUUCGAAAGACGAUUUGUAUCUGUUUGAGCUGAGCGAUGUUCACAGUGCAUCUACUCCAAAUAUCAAACACCUAACGGAAGAGAGUGUUCCUCUUCGUCCAUCCCACCGCUCGAAAAGCCUCGACGAGCUGCGGGAAGAGGCACAAGAAAUCACAGAUAUAAUGAUGGAAAACGUUGUUAAAAUCAGAGACAGGGAAGGGAAACUCGACGAUCUGUGUGAGAAAGCGGAAAGCCUUAACGCCUCGACUGAGAUGUUCCAGAGGACCUCCGUGUUGAUACGAAGAAAACAAUGGUGGAAAAAUAAGAAAAUGACAUUAUUGUUAAUUGUUGUAGGAGCCUGUUUUUUAGUUCUGUUCACUGUGAUUAUAACACUAAGUGCUUCAGGAAGUAUUUAA